AGUUGUUUUAAUCAAACACAGAUGUGUGCUGCGCCAUAUCAAAGUCCUGCAUCCACCCCUUCCUCUGAUUGGCUCGUGUGCAGCACUAGAAAGAGUUACUCAGACAACUCCUCUUUUCCUCCCAAAAAACACAUGAAACUUUAAAAAGCAUCAUUUCAGGUUUGGUUCACUGUAUAGAAGAUCAUGGCUUCAGCAAAUGACAGAGCAGUCCUACAAGCCAUAUUCAACCCAACCAGCCCGUUUGGAGAUAUUCCUGCAUUAAACCAAGAAGAUGAGCUGACAGAUGAUGACAGUGUUUUUGACCCCGAGCUUCUGAAGCAGGUGAAAGAUCUGGAACUACAGGGAGUCUCUGUCACUGAAUCUGGAGAUCUGCCCGCUGCCCUUCAGCAUUUUAACCAGGCCAUAAGGGUCCUGCCGCAAAGAGCCUCGGCCUACAAUAACCGAGCUCAGACCAAACGUCUACAGGGAGAUACUGAAGGUGCAGUGGAGGAUCUUGAGAAGGCCAUCUCUCUGAGCCGAGGCACAGGACGAACAGCGUGCCAGGCUCUAGUCCAGCGCGGGCUUCUGCUCAGGUUGGCUGGCCGUGAUGAAGAGGCUCGGGUGGACUUUGAGAAGGCAGCAGCUCUGGGCAGUGAGUUUGCCCGGCAACAGGCUGUGAUUUUAAAUCCAUACGCUGCACUGUGUAACCGUAUGCUGUCAGAGGUCAUCGAUAAAAUACGCAACCCAGAAAUAUCAGAGGCUAAAUAAGUCAUAUGAUGAGGUGACGUGCUAAAAACACACUCAUAAAUCUGUUCACUUGUAUAGCAACAAAGACAUUCAUUGUAUUUGCACAUCGUGAACCACAGGUUUGUGUACAAUCUUGUCAAUAAAACAGUUCUUUUUCACAGAUUAUUGUGAUUUUGGAGAUAAGGGGCUGCAACAGCACAAGAAUACAAUAUAUAUUUAAAAACAGAAUAAACACUGCUAUUGCAUUUCUCACUUUAAUUGCUAGUACAAAAAAAUCAUUGGUAUUUUUAUUUGUUCAAAAAAAAUAAAAAAUAAAAAAUUAAAUUCAGAUACAUUUAGUUGAGAAGCAAAAUUAAGUAGGACAAUCACUCUAUUUAAACAAGAAAACAGGUAGGUUUACACUCAAAA